CGAACUGACUGGGCUAGUCAUGAAUCACAAUUCAAUGAACAGCUCCUGAGGUUCAAACUUCAAAACGCAAGCGUCCAAUGCAGUGGCUUUGGGAGCACCAGCUUGAGUUGCAAUGCCUGGCAUAGGGUUCCAGCAGAAACCUAAGAUUGCAGCCAAAGGUCAUCACCUCAGAUCAGAAGAAAGCCAGCGUGGGGCCAGCAUAUGCAGGCUCCUUGAAUGGUGAGCAACAGCAUGGACGGCGCGGUGAAAGCCCCAGAGGCGCCUAGCCCUGGUGGCUCGCUUGAUGAACAGGGCCACUUCUUUGACUUCACUCCCAUCUACAGGGAACCCAAGUUCUGCGAUCGAGUGAUCCGCCUGGAGAUUCUUGAAGAAGAGCUCAGGCCAGGUGCCGAUAGGAACAAGGAUCCAGGAUCAGUGGUAGAGGGAGGUAGGGAGGCACCAGCGGUUCCAGAGAAGGGCAAACAUCUUGGCAACCCUCUUGACAGCUAUACCAUCCAUGUACCUACGACACAGCCGGACAAGGACGCCCCAGACAGAAAACCUCCAGGGUCAGAGAACGGGCCUGUCAUUGGGAAGAAGCGGCCCAGGGACGAGAGUGAGAGUGAGGCCUCUCCAAGUAGCUCCCCAGAGGAAGCGGGAGCUGAGAAGGAUCGGGAACAGGUUGGCGCAGCAAGCAGACGUUCUGCAAGGCUGGCGAAGAGCAGAGACGAGACUCCUGGCAGGCUUGUCAACAGGGGGAUGGGGAAUGGAGAGGAAGAAAGCCAUGACAAAGGAAAGACUGCGGAGGCUACUCCUGGAGAGGGCUCAGGGAUUGGCGAUCGCAUGGUCGACGGAAAUGCUGAUGAGGAUGGGGAUGAGGACAGUGACGAGGACUCUGAAGAUGAGGUGGAAGAGAUACCAGUCUCGUCCAUGGUGAUCGCUGCCAAGAGCCUGGUGCUCAGGAGGAUGAUGCUGAGCGAGAUGAAGGAGGCGCAGCGGGAUGCACCGAUUGUGCUAAAGGUCACCCGGGAAGAGAAAAGGGCCGUCAAGGAGCUGCUUUCGUUCAUCGGCAAGGGCUCGUUGUCCAAACCCCUGCUAGAUCCCGCGACCUGCAUCGCACAGCUCAUAGCCAUGCUAGAGGUGGGGGACAAGUUCGAGGUCUGCUCUUUCAUGGGGGCAAUCACUGCAGCUUUGCGACAGAGGCUGGAUAACCAGGACAACUCGGACCUCGAAGCGCUCGCUUUCGACAUCCCUGAGCAUCUGCAAACCUGGGACGAGGUGCGAACGCUGGCUCAGGAAGGGCAGGACGCCCUUUUUGAGAGAUUCAGGUCGGUUGUGACGUGGAGAAGCAAUGCUUUCUUGGAUCUGGGGGAGAGAACCGUCGAGUUCCUGUUGCAGUCAGAAGACCUCCGGAGCGGCUCCGAGAUAGAUGUGGUGCGUGGGGUCGUCGGCUGGGCUUUUGGCUUGGAAACUUUUGAGGAGCGACAAGCAGCAUUGGAUCGCUUGAUGCAGCACGUCAGGCUGGGGUGCGUCAGCGGCGAGUUGCUAGAGUACUUGUCAGGCUUGCCCGAAAUGCAGUCCGCUGCGACGCUGGAGCUACUACAGAAAGCAACGGUGUUCCAGUCAUACUCUGAGACAAAGAAGCUGGCAGCGAUCUCGGACUUCUCCAUGGUACGAUCGGGAUUCUUGGAGGGGAGCUUCGAGAUUGCAAUCGACGCUGUCAUUGACAACGAGGCCAAAGUCACGAAGUCGAACCUCGUCUUGUGGGACGAAAGGAAGUGGCACGUCAAGGUUUAUCAGCAUGCUAGGAAGGCUCCAGCGACUGUGGGGGUCUUACUGAAUCGAUGUCAUCUAUCUCGACAAGGAGCCCAUAAGCACAAGACCCACCGUCUGAAAGUUGAGGUCUUUGUUAAAAACUGGCCUGCCAAUUAUUGGCAGUUGCUGGAUGUGCACACUUUCACCUUCAAGGAGGAAACGAUUACCCAAGGUUGGAUAGAUAUGUUCGAUUGUCCUUGGCACGACAUCAAGGGUGAGCCCUACGUACGACGUGGCACAAACGAAGUGAACUUGAAAGUCGUUGUGAACCAGGUAGACUUGGACUGAUUGAUUGCAAGUUGGUAUUCUCAGCCUCGAUGAAGAACGUACAUUGGUCUGCAAAAUGAGGAGGACAGCCGCCCUAAGCACAAGCUCGCUGC